AUGAAGACUGCCUCCGUUCUCGCCCUUCUGGGCGUCACCUCGGCCACCGCCCAGUUCACCAACCAGACGAAGCCCUUUUGGCUCAAGUUUUCCCCCACCAACGAUAGCUCUGUCGUGACCUAUCUCGCGUCCUGCCAUUCGGGCGCCGGCCAAGCCGGCCUCUGCCCGGAGACUGGGGGAUCGAGCCACACGCAGUACUUCCUCAACGAGACCCAGUCCGACUACCAGGGCCACAUCCUCGGCGCCCUGACCUGGGACCAGCCCAUAGGCAACGGGAACCCCAUCUCCUCCGGCAUGAAUCUCAGCCCGCAGCUCGUUUCCAACGGCGCCAUUCCCAUCUUCUCGCCGGGCGACAGCGCCUUGUUCACCCUCGGCUUUGAUGAGAACGAGGCGCUCUUCAUCGCUACCAACGCCGACGACUCCAGGGCCGCGCCCAACGCCCCCAACUACUCCCUGGAGGCGUAUUACCGCUGGCACGUCUGCUGGACGUUCGUCGGCAACUACUUCUACAAGUCACUCGUCUGGGUCACCGCCGGUGCUCCGUCCAACCCGUAA